ACACACACACACACACACACACACACACACACACACCUCUCUCUCUCUCUCUCUCUCUAUACAAAUCCACUCUAGGGAGUAACACAGACUCGUGCCUUUAGUAUUUGACGAGAUUUUACACGCACCAAACAAACUGGAGUAACUGGCGCAGUGAUGAAGACCCUGACAGUUCCCAUAAGCUCCAGGUGGACGCUGCUGCUGAGCGCGUGUCUGACGCUGACGGCGCGCGCGGACUGCGGCGAAAACUGCGCGUUCUGCGCGCGGCAGCUGCCUCUUCAACUCAAAGAUAUCAACUCCAUAGAAUGCGUGUUGGAGUGUGAGGAGCAUAUGAACGCAGGCGGCUCUUGGAGUUUGUGUAAGCGAUUCAUGCAGAAAGCUGAUGAGGUUAACCAAGGAUCCACAGAAACUAAACACUUGGACACCCAAAAGCACCAUGAAGACAAAAGAUACGGUGGCUUCAUGAAACGUUACGGGGGUUUUAUGAAGCGUUAUGGAGGAUUCAUGAAGAAGACUGCAGAGUUCUAUGGUUUGGAGCCGGAGGAUGUUGACCAGGGCAACGCGAUCCUGACUAAUCACGAUGUUGAGAUGCUGACCAAUCAAGUUGAGGAUGAUGGCAAGAGGGAGGCGGCUCUGAAAGAUGAGGGAGGAGCUCAGGGUGUGGCAAAACGUUACGGGGGUUUUAUGAGGAGGGGAGGUCUUUAUGACCCGGAGGGCGUGGUAAAGGCACUACAGAAACGUUACGGGGGCUUCAUGAGGCGGGUCGGUCAACCGCAGUGGUGGCAGGAGAAUAAACGCUAUGGAGGCUUCUUAAAACGCUCCCGAGAGGAAGAUGAGGCUGAAAAUUCAUCAGGGAUAGAAAAGAGGUAUGGUGGAUUCAUGGGGUUUUAAGCACCCUAGUCCACUUCCUCUUAAGAACCGACAUGCUUAAAAUGUGCUCAUAAGUGUUCGUCGUGUCCUUAUUGUGGUAACGUGAUUUAGUGUGAAUAAGACCAUCGUAAAAGUGCAUCUGAAUUCACCUUUACAUGUUGUGUAGCAGAUUUUACACUGUACGACAACCAGUCCUUUUUUAAUCAACUCUACAAAUCUGGUCUGCAUGAGACAUUCAUUCUUAAAUAUGACAGACAUUUACUUGUCUUUUACAGAGAUGUAUAUUUUUUUGGGCACCAGUCUGAAUCUUGUCAUUUGCUUGAAUAAACUGCUCGAAACUGCA